AUGGAUACCGCUGCCAGUAACAAUAUUGAUGGUCUGAAAACACUUGAAAAGAAGAAUGCAAAGAAGGCAAUUAAAAUUUCCAAGAAAAAGGUAAACCAAUGUACAAGCACAAAUGGUGGUAUAAUAUCGCCAUCAUCUCGUAAACAAAAACUUGCUAAUGGUCUUAGCUACAAUAAUGCAUCGCAUGAUGUUUACUCUACUGAAGCAGAUUGUGCCAAUAGAUCUCUAGCAUCAAGUAAAGAUAUUCAAGAAUUUCGCGAAGCCUGUAUUCGACGUGGUAUUAUUUCGUCGGAAACGAUUAGAUACAGUUCACAAACUUUAAAUGAACCAGAUAAUCAAGUAAAUACUGUUCAAGAAACUUCAACGGCAAUCGUUUCAAACGAAGAACAAGUUCCAAUCGAACAACAAGUUUAA